AUGCAAUCCAAGCUCAUCCCCGCCCUCGCGGCCCUGGGUGCUGGCCUCGCCUCCGCCCAGAGCAGCAACAUCUGCUCCUCAGCGACGGUCACCGUCACCGAUGCUGCCAUGGCCACCAACAUCCCCUGCACCACGAUCCAGGGCUCCGUCAAGAUCUCCGAGGAUAUCUCUGGUAACAUUGAUAUCAACGGUCCCAAGACCAUCAAGGGCGACCUGAUCGUUACGAACGCUACCAACCUUGUCGGCCUUUCCUCCUCCUCGCUCGCCACCAUCGAGGGCAGCUUCACCAUGCAGGGCCUGACCCUCCUGUCCGACCUCCGCUUCACCCAGCUUGCUACCGUCGGCUCCAUCAGCUGGAUCACCCUGCCCGCUCUCGGCUCCCUCGUCUUCGGAACCGCUGGUGUCACCAAGGUUAACAACAUCGUCAUUAGCGACACCUUCCUCAAGUCUCUGGACGGCCUGAACGUUGCCUCCGUCGAUGAGCUCCACAUCAACAACAACAAGAACCUGGUCUCCUACAGCAACCAGCUGGCCAACGCUACCAAGACCAUCGAGAUCAACUCCAACGGUGCCGACUUGGGAAUUACUCUCCCCAACCUUAUCUGGGCCAACGAGAUUAUUAUUGCCGAUGCCGCCAAGGUUGAGAUGCCCUCUCUCGAGGUUGUCAACUCCUCCAUCAAGUUCGACAAGAACACCUUCACCGAGUUCAUCGCCCCCAACUUGACCCAGUGCAGCGAUGGUGAUGUCUCCUUCAUCAACAACGUCGAGCUCGCCAACCUCUCCCUGCCCCUCCUCACCAAGACCGGCGGUGGUCUCACCAUCCAGAACAACACCCUCCUCCAGAAGAUCGACGGUCUCCCCAAGCUCGAGCAGAUUGGCGGUGCUGUCCUUCUCCGCGGUAACUUUUCUGAGGUCUCUAUCCCCGCUCUCGACGACGUCAAGGGUGCCUUCGACCUCCAGUCCACUGGUGAUAUCGACACCUCUUGCGACGUCUUCAACAAGAUGGAGGGCAAGCAGAUCCAGGGCGAGUACACCUGCCGCAGCAACAACACCAACGCCAACUCCGACUCCGGCACUGGCGGCAGCGCCGGCGGCACCACGUCCGGCGGCUCUGAGGGUGCUGCUGGCAUCGUCUCUGUCAACACCGCUGUCCUUUCCCUGGCCAUUGUUGGCGGUCUGGCUCAGCUCCUGUUGUAA